UGCUGGAGGUGAAGGACCGCCUGUGCCCUCUCCGCGUCGGGCAGUCAAUGGCUUUCUGGACCUAUUUUAUUUGAAUGCCCGGGGCCGUUUUUCAGUGACCGCGACCAUGGAUAUUCUAUGGAUAUUCUGGAUUUUGCCGGUCGUAAUAGCUGUUGAAGAGACGCUCAUGGACUCCACCACAGCUACAGCCGAGCUCGGCUGGACCGUCUAUCCGGUGUCGGGAUCCAGUGACAACAGCUGGGAGGAGGUGAGCGGUUACGACGAAAACAUGAACACCAUUCGGACCUACCAGGUGUGCAACGUUUUUGACAACAACCAGAACAACUGGGUACGCACAAAAUACAUCCGGCGGCGUGGCGCACAGAGGAUUCACGUGGAAAUGAAGUUCUCGGUGAGGGACUGCAGCAGCAUCCCCAACGUUCCCGGCUCCUGCAAAGAGACGUUCAACCUCUAUUACUAUGAGUCGGAUGCUGACACGGCCACCAGGACCUCGCCGGCCUGGAUGGAGAACCCCUGGAUCAAGGUGGACACCAUAGCGGCUGACGAGAGCUUUUCCCAGGUGGACCUUGGCGGCAGGGUGAUGAAAAUCAACACCGAGGUCCGCAGCUUCGGCCCCGUCUCGAGAAACGGCUUCUACCUGGCCUUCCAGGACUAUGGCGGCUGCAUGUCUCUCAUAGCCGUCCGCGUCUUCUACCGGAAGUGCGCUCGCAUCAUCACCAACGGGGCACUGUUUCAAGAGACACUGUCCGGGGCGGAGAGCACCUCGCUGGUGGCGGCGCGGGGGGUUUGCAUUCCUAACGCAGAGGAAGUGGACGUGCCCAUUAAGCUGUAUUGCAACGGUGACGGAGAAUGGAUGGUACCCAUCGGACGUUGCAUGUGCAAGGCUGGCAAUGAGGCAGCACAGAACGGGACCAUAUGUCGAGCGUGCCCAUCAGGAUUCUUCAAGCCUACACAGGGCGACGAGUCAUGCAGGCAGUGUCCCAUUAACAGCCGCACCACCAGUGAGGGAGCCAUAAACUGCGUCUGCCGCAAUGGCUACUACCGCACCGACUCGGAUCCCUUACAGAUGCCCUGCACGACGGUCCCUUCGGCUCCGCAAAACGUCAUCUCCAGUGUGAACGAGACCUCAGUCAUGCUGGAUUGGAUGAGCCCCCGGGAUUCGGGCGGCCGCGAGGACGUCGUCUUCAACAUAAUUUGCAAGAGUUGCGGCGGUGGCCGCGGAGGCUGCACACGCUGCGGCGACAACGUCCAGUUCCUGCCUCGCCAGCUGGGUCUGACGGAGCCGCGGGUGUACAUUAGUGACCUGCUGGCUCACACGCAGUACACAUUCGAGGUGCAGGCAGUCAACGGUGUGUCGGACCAAAGCCCCUACUCACCGCAAUACUCCUCGGUCAACAUCACCACCAACCAGGCUGCGCCGUCUACAGUGUCCAUCAUGCACCAAGUGAGUCGCAGUGUAGACAGCAUCACUCUCUCCUGGUCCCAGCCAGACCAGCCCAAUGGAGUCAUCCUGGACUAUGAGCUGCAGUACUUUGAAAAGGACCAGUCGGAGUACAAUGCCACUGUCGUGCGGAGCCAGACCAACACGGCGGUCGUCCGAGGCCUCAAGUCAGGCAGGAUCUACGUAUUCCAGGUGCGAGCACGCACCGUCGCCGGCUUUGGACGCUACAGCGGCAAACUGUACUUCCAGACCAUGACAGAAGCUGAAUACAACAGCAGCAUUCGCGAGAAGCUGCCCCUCAUCAUCGGCUCGGCGGCUGCAGGCCUUGUCUUCCUCAUUGCUGUGGUUGUCAUCGUCAUCGUGUGCAAUCGGAGGCGUGGCUUUGACAGGGCCGAUUCCGAGUACACGGACAAGCUGCAGCACUACACCAGUGGCCACAUGACUCCAGGAAUGAAGAUCUAUAUUGAUCCGUUCACAUAUGAGGACCCCAAUGAGGCCGUGCGGGAGUUUGCCAAGGAAAUUGAUAUAUCCUGCGUGAAGAUUGAGCAGGUCAUCGGUGCAGGGGAGUUCGGCGAGGUGUGCAGCGGCAACUUGAGGCUGCCUGGCAAGCGGGAGAUGUUUGUGGCCAUCAAAACCCUGAAGACGGGCUACACGGAGAAGCAGCGGAGGGACUUUCUCAGUGAGGCCAGCAUCAUGGGCCAAUUCGACCAUCCCAAUGUCAUCCGCCUGGAGGGCGUGGUCACCAAGAGCAGUCCUGUGAUGAUCGUCACCGAGUUCAUGGAGAAUGGAUCUCUCGACUCCUUCCUCAGGCAAAACGACGGCCAGUUCACUGUAAUCCAGCUGGUGGGAAUGCUGCGGGGCAUCGCCUCGGGUAUGAAGUACCUGGCCGACAUGAACUAUGUGCACCGCGACCUGGCCGCCCGCAACAUCCUCGUCAACAGCAACCUGGUGUGCAAGGUGUCUGACUUUGGCCUCUCACGCUUCCUGGAAGACGACACGUCUGACCCUACCUACACCAGCGCUCUGGGUGGGAAGAUCCCGAUCCGAUGGACUGCGCCCGAAGCUAUCCAGUACAGGAAGUUCACCUCGGCCAGUGACGUGUGGAGCUACGGGAUCGUCAUGUGGGAAGUCAUGUCGUAUGGAGAGAGGCCCUACUGGGAUAUGACCAAUCAAGAUGUCAUCAACGCCAUCGAGCAGGACUACCGGCUGCCACCCCCUAUGGACUGUCCCAGCGCCCUGCACCAGCUGAUGCUGGACUGCUGGCAGAAGGAUCGCAACAACCGGCCUAAAUUUAGCCAGAUCGUCAACAACCUGGACAAGAUGAUUCGUAAUCCCAAUACCUUGAAGGCCAUGACUCCGUUAUCCUCAGGUGUGCAUCUGCCCCUGCUGGACCGCAGCAUCCCGGACUUCUCCAGCUUCAGCACGGUGGACGAGUGGCUGGACGCCAUCAAGAUGGGCCAGUAUAAGGAUAACUUUGCCAAUUCGGACUUCACUACUUUUGACGUGGUGUCCCAAAUGACCAUGGAUGACAUCCUCCGGGUGGGCGUGACAUUAGCGGGCCAUCAGAAGAAGAUCCUCAACAGUGUCCAGAUGAUGCGUGCCCAGAUGAACCAGAUCCAGUCUGUGGAGGUCUGACCUUCACCAAAGCAGAGCAGCAGUCCGGGGAGGGCUGGCCGGGGGACUUUGGAGUCGGGGCACUCCCUACCCCACCCUGGCGGGCGCCGAGGACGGAGUGAAUGCUUUUUGGUUGUGACCCCACCCUUCCUCGACACCUCCCCUUCCCUCACCCAAUCCUUCCUUACUCCCCCCGUCACCAUCCAUCCACAAGCUGUUCUGAAAACCAGAACCACAGGAGCCCCAAAAUGAAGUGACCAGCAACACUUAUUUUUCUUCUUCCACCGCUUUUCAUUGAUGCUUUUGGUUUGGUCAUAAUUUUGUAAAGAAUUUUGUAAGCAAAAAAAAAAAGUAGAAAAAUGAAAGGAGUUUAUGGACAGUUAAAGACAAUAAAAGGUUGUACACAUGAUGAGUAGGUGAGCUACCCUUUAAAAGGGCAAGAUACAAAAAAAGAAGCCAAGGAUCCCUGUGUAUUUCGGAAGACCGGCUGAGGAUGUAGUCAAAUGGACCUUCUGGCACAGACUGACAUCAGGAAAACCUCAAGAAAGGAAAAAAAUAUAUAUAAAAAUAUUCCCAGCAUAGACAACAUUGUUUUUACCUCGCUCCCUAGUGGAUGUAUCAAGGACCACUUCAGAGGGCUGACUCACUUGACCAACUCCACCCACCUAACCACCCAGUUCUCUUCCGUGUGUUGAAGCGUGCUGGGUAAGCUGACUCAGAUGUGUGGCGGACCUCCAUCCUCCAUCCAUCCAUCUUCUUUCUUCUUCCACUCACACACACACACACACACACACCCACACACACACACACACACACACAUUAAUAGACUUUACAAUCAGGUGGAUGCAACGUGUUCUAUUUCUGCAGUUUGCAAUUUGUGUAUGCAUAUUAUUGAAUUGUUCUGAUUUUAUUUUGAGGUUUUGUUUUGCAAAGUGUCAAGAAAGAGAAAAAAAAAACGCUUUGGAUUUUCCACUGGUGUUUUGAGUUGAUUAUGUAAAGCUGCACAAUCAUGUAGAUAAACAACCUCACCUUAUCCCAUCACCUCCCCGGAGAUGAUACCUGUAUACUUUGCUGUAUGCUUCUAUAUUUUGAGCUAUCAAUAUUUGUCAGUAUUGUUUGUCACGAGGCGUCUGAAAGCAUCACUUGCCUCUUGCCCGGGUGAAGAGUGUUUGAAGUGCACAUGUCCAACCUGGAUCCAUCGCUCUCACUCUGGUUCCUCCAUCACUGCCCUCUUCCAGACCUCACAGAACACAAGCCCUACACACAUUGGAAGCCGAUUUUUCAUAUCUGAAAUGAUUUUUAAACUGUGACAGACCUCACACAUGACGCGGAAAAAUUCUUCCUUGCAUUUCUUUCAGUGUUUAAUGUACAGGUACUCCAGAAGACCAACACACCACACCACACACACAUAAGGAUAUCUCCAUCAACAGUAGCAAGUCCCCAUAUCUGUUGUAUUACCAAGACUGAUUUGUGACAAAGAGCACAGGGCAUUUGGAUUGAGGGAAAUUAUGCAGAAGAAAAAAGCGUAGUGCAAAAGUCCUUUCCUAAUUGGUUCACAUUCCAUUUCACAUCACAAUUAAAGAGUCUGUGGAUCAUCUUAUCUCGAACACACAAUCCAAAAGAACAGAUGUAACAUUUAGAAGCACCAAAUUGCACACUUUAAGAGAUACCUACUUCCUUUUGCCUUUUCAUACGUUAUUCAUUUAAAAAUAGUGAGAAUAAUGGGGGCCUGUAAAGGAGCUUUGAGGUCCUCCAAAUUUUGGUGGAACUUCCAAUUAAAUGUGUGAAUCAAAUAUUUUUAAAUUCCAACAUUUAAAAAACCACAAGUUAAUCGCUCAGGAUAAUUACUCAUUUUUUUUGUUUUGUACUAUAUUUGAUUUUGUUAGACACAUCCAAUAAUCGGACUGUGGACUCUAAUCGAAAGAGGGGAAGAAAUGUUACAAUUUACCCCGAAAAUCGGUAUGUGUGUUGCACACUUAAGUUCUGGGUGGUGCAAGGAAGCCAUUUUCAUUUUCCAACUAUGUUUACAGGCCAGCGGAUCCUGUUUGCAUUUCAUGUGAAGGGUGAAAUGUUGACCACAUGAAGUACAGUAUUCAUCUUUUAUGAUUAAUUUUUUAAAAAAGUCAGAAAGAGUGAGAGUAGUUGAAGCUGAGCAAUAAUCACACAAAAUGGAUGCUGCACUCCCCUUUUUUUUACACUGUGAAAAAUGUUUAAUGACAGAUGUAGUCACAACAAGUUGGAAAUUAACUUGCUUUGUAUUUAUAUUUUAUCCAGUGAAACAAUGGUUCAAGUGCCUCCUGAAAUCUGGACUUUAAACUUGGAUAGUGUCAGUUGAGGGCAGACCUCCUCCGAUCCUUAACAAACCUUGUUUGAAUCAUUACCAAAUUGGAGACAUUAAUAGAUAGACAAACACCCCUGUAUGAAUAUCUCUCUCUCUCUCUCUCUCUCUCUCUCUCUCUCUCUCUCUCUCUUUCUCUCUCACUAUAUAUAUAUAUAUAUAUAUAUAUAUAUAUAUAUAUAUAUAUAUAUAUAUAUAUACGCACACACACACACAUUAACAGAAUGGGGACCUAUAAAAGAGCCAUUCCUAAUUUUGAUGCCGCUCCGAAUUAAGGUGUGACAUACAGAAACUUUUUCCUCAAUCAUGGCGACAUAUUUUCUUCAAUUUUUCUAUGUAUUUGUAUAUACUGUAUUUCUCUAUAAUUUACCAUUUUAUGGGAGCACGUGGGCUGGAGGAGGUUGUUUGUGAAAGUGCUACUCUAGUUUGAAAAUGUUUUGAUUGCACAGUAAGACAUAUGCUCGUUUGAGGUGGGGGGCUUUUUUCUACUGCUCAGUAUUAACAAAUGAUGCGCCUAUGGCCCACGGUCCAUCCCUUUGCAAAGUUGAGUUGGUUUUAAGAAAUCAAAUCCCAAGCAAUGGGGCCCUGUGAAGGAGCCUUGAGGUGUGCCCAAUUGUGGUGUGGAUUCCCAUUAAAGGUGUGGAUUAUCAACCCCAAGCCCCCCCGCCCCCUCCAAUCAUGGCCCACCUUUUUCUUGGUCCAUGCCCCAGCUCUCCACCCACUCAUUUCCUUUCAGUCACCAUGCUUGUUUUAAAAGUCAAAGCCUAAGCAAAGGGGGCCCUGGGAAGUAGCCUUCAACGACACCCAGUUUUGUUGCAGCUUCAGAAAAAAAAAGUGAUACUCGAAGGAAAGUUUCUAAAGUCAUGGCCCCACAUUUCUGUAUGACUAAUACAUUGACAAUUUUAGGACAAUAUCCAGGCAGGAGUUUUUCUUCUUUUUUUCUUUUUUCUUCAUUGCUAGACGUAUCACUGAUGUCUCAAUGGUUUGUGCUGGUUGCCUUUUUCAAAACACUCUUUCCCUGCUGCACACCCCAGCUAUUCAGAAAAUCCAGUUGCUUUGAAGUUUUUCAUUUACUGUUUUAAGGACAACAUUCAGGCAGCAGAAGUUGUUCAAAUUCUAAAGUAUGUUUGAUAUACAUCUUUUUCUUUCUUUCCUUUGAUACAGUAUAGUUUCUGCCACUUGCCUUUAAUUGGUUCACCCCUUCACAAAGUCGAGUUGGUUUGAAACAACCCUCCUCAACUGACAAGUCGCAACAUACGUAAAUGAGGCCCUGGAAAGGAGCCUUGAAGUCCGCUCAGUUUUGAUACGGAUUCUGAUAAAAGAUACAAAUCAAUUUUGUUCCCAAUCAUGGCCAUGUUUUCCUCAUUUCUCUUUCAAUAAUAUAUUUACAACUUUGAAGCAGGAUGUGGCAAUUGAAGAGUCAGUUGAUUGCGCAGGUGUAUUGAUUAAGGCUUGUCUUUCAAAGAUCUUUUCCAAGGUCCACAAGCCAUCCAUGGGGGGACCUUGGAAGGAGCCUUGAGGCAUCCUUCGUUUUUUUUUUGUUUGUUUGAGUUAUUUUUUUAAUGGCCUUAUAUUUUCCUUUAUUUCUCUGUGAAUAUUACAGUUACAAUUUAAAGGAAAGGACAACAUCUGGGUCGUGACGUUUUUUUUGUAGGUUGACAGUAUGUCUGAUUGCAGCCAGACUCAUUAAGUCCUCUCUUUCAAUGAUGCUUUCUGCUGCUCACCUUUUUCAAACACUCUACUUUGGUGACUGUGGUUUACUGUGAAUAAUUACCGAACCAAAAUGCUUAACAAAAAAAAGUCCUCCUCACAGGAGCUGCCGCAGUUUAGAAGCGAGGGGAACCAGUGAAAUGUUAGAGGAAUCAUCUUCCGAACCGCGUGAUCCUCACAAGGGUCGCGGGGGGUGCUGGAGCCUAUCCCAGCUGUCUCCGGGCAGUAGGCGGGAGACACCCUGAAUCGGUUGCCAGCCAAUCGCAGGGCUAACGGAAUCAUGUGCUGCACAAAAAGCACCAGAGCGCCCUCUGCUGCAGUUGUGGUCACGUGCAGCCUCAAAGAGUGCGGUACAGGACCGUCCUCUCUCCCUACAGGAUCGAUCCCGAUAGUACCCGCGUUACUCCGUGCUUCCCCCCACCCCCGACCUUGACCCUUGCCACUCUGGAUGUCAGUUCGUGUGGGCGGGCAUCCGUGUGCUCCUCAUUAAGCGCCUCGCCAGCCAGCACCGGUUCAGAAUCCGAAGGCGACCAAUGUGGGAAAUAUUGUAUUUCUGUAUAAAUGUACAUUGACUGUAACCCUGUGAAUGAUGUAACGAGUUCAUUAU